UACUCUAAACUUCCCCAUAUGUCACCAGACACAGAGUGCAAGAGAAAGAAGAAACAGAUCUCAAGCACUUUAUAGAUGCAGCUAUCUUUUUGGGUCUAAUAGUAGCAAAAUAUUAAUUCAGAGUUAAGAAAAGGCAAAGAAAAGGCUCUGACUAUAAGUCUGAGCUGAGAUUUCUAUAUCUUCAAUUCCACCUCUUAGUUUCUUUGUCUCUAUCUUUAUCCUUUUCAUUGCCUUUCUCAAUUGAAUCUUCUUACUUCUUAUUACCCUUUUGUCUUCUUUGUCAACUGAUUCAGAUCCAUCCCUUAUAUCACUUUAUAACAAUAUAUUACUAUAGUUUCUUGAAUCUUGAAUUUUUGGAAACAUUUUUUUGAGAAAUGGGGACAGGUUGGAGGAGAGCAUUUUGCACAACAAUCCCAAGAGAUAGAGAACCUCAGUUUGUAGAUAAGCAUGCACAAGAUUCACAACAAGAAGUCCCAAGUCCAAGUCCUAGUCCAAGAAGCUGUGCAAAGCUUAGUUUUUUAUCUAGUAGUAAUCCCUCUACUCCUCGUUUGCGUUGCAAAACUUAUAAUAAAGCAUCCUCUAAUGACAUUAACAGCCUUAUUAGUCCUAAACUCCAUUGCAAAACUACACCAAAAUCCAACACUAAAAGCCCAAAAACUCUUCUUGGUUCCAAUCCAUCUUCUCCAAGAUCUCCAUUUUCCAUCCUCAAGAACACCCUCCGUCUCUCCAAACAUAGCUGUGGAGUCUGUACACAAAGUGUAAAAUCCGGUCAAGGAAUGGCUAUAUACACAGCAGAAUGUUCACAUACUUUCCAUUUCCCUUGCAUUGCUUCUCAUGUUAGAAAAAACAGCACUUUAGUUUGCCCUGUUUGUCACUCCACAUGGAAAGAUGUACCACUUUUAGCCAUUCACACACUUCAACAACAACAAGAUUCGCAAAAAACCCACCAAAAACAAGAAGAAGAAAAAGAACAAGAAUCAUAUCCCAAUACACCCAACAACAAAAAACAACAAGAAAAAAAUGAAAAAACACGACAACCUUUGUUACCAAAUGUGAAAACUUAUUACAAUGAUGAUGAACCCCUUAUGACUCCCAAAGCCGGUACUAAAUUUGUUACAAUACCCGAAGAAGAAGAAGAAGACGAAGAAGUUGAGGAAUUUCGUGGGUUUUUUGUUAAUCCAAUUUCAAGUGACGACUCUUUUUCCAGAGAUAAUAACCGAACCGUUGAAGUCAGUUUAAUGCCUGAAGCAGCCAUUAUUUCAGUUGGAAAAUCACACGAAACAUACGCUGUCGUAUUGAAGAUCAAAGCUCCUCCACCACCUCCACUAAAUACCGGGUCGGGUCUCUCGGGUCACGGGUCGGGUCAGUUUUUUGACCCGACCCGGCGUGCCCCGAUUGAUUUGGUGACUGUAUUGGAUGUGAGCGGUAGUAUGAGUGGGGCAAAGAUACAAAUGUUGAAGCGAGCUAUGAGGUUAGUUAUUUCGUCGCUCGGCUCUGUUGAUAGGCUUUCGAUUGUGGCUUUCUCGGCUACGCCGAAAAGGUUACUGCCUUUAAGGAGAAUGACCCCACAAGGACAAAGAUCGGCUCGGCGUAUAAUUGAUCGGCUUGUUGUUAGCCAAGGGACAUGUGUUGGUGAAGCUUUGAGGAAAGCACAAAAGGUUCUUGAAGAAAGGCGUGAGAGAAAUCCAGUUGCUAGUAUUAUGUUAUUAUCCGACGGUCAGGAUGAAAAGAUCCAGGGAAGUAGUAAUAAUAAUAGCCACAAUCGACGGUCUGAAUCGCCUCGUGUGAAUUCGACCCGGUUUGGUCAUAUUGAAAUUCCGGUUCAUUCGUCCGGGUUCGGGAAAAAAGCCGGGUAUAGUUAUGAGCCGGCUGAGGAUGCUUUUUCGAAAUGUGUUGGCGGUUUAUUGAGUGUUGUGGUUCAAGAUUUGAAAAUCCAGCUGGAUUUUUCAUCUGGUUCGGACCCUGCUGAGGUGGCGGCGGUUUAUUCCUAUAAUGGUAGGCCAGCUGUACUCGGCUCGAGUUGUGUUCGGCUCGGGGAUUUAUACGCUGAGGAGGAAAGAGAGUUGUUGUUGGAAGUAAAGGUACCAAGAAUGACUAAUGGUGUGGGUUCACACCAUGUGUUAUCCGUUAGAUGUUGUUACAAGGACCCCGCGACUCAAGAAGCAAUAUACGGGAGGGAACAUUCUUUGUUGGUUCCGAGACCUCAAGCCGUUCGAUCUUCUGUUCCGAAGAUCGAACGGCUUAGGCAUCUCUUUAUAACUACUAGGGCGAUCGCGGAGUCUAGGAGGUUAGUCGAGUAUAACGAGCUAUCUAGCGCGACGCAUUUGUUAUCGUCGGCUCGAGCUUUGUUGAUACAGUCCGGCUCGGCUUUUGUGGACGAGUAUGUUAGAGGGUUAGAAGCCGAGCUGACCGAAGUGCAAUGGAGGAAACAAUAUCAACAGCAGGUAGAGCAGCAAAAAAUGAUCCAACGGCAGAGAAUGAACGAGAGGGAAAUGAACUUGUUCGUCGAUGAAAAUGGCGAGCCGUUAACGCCGACAUCGGCUUGGAGAGCAGCUGAGAAGCUAGCUAAAGUGGCUAUGAUGAGGAAGUCGAUGAAUAGAGUCAGUGAUUUACAUGGCUUUGAAAAUGCUAGAUUUUAAAAUAUUUUUUUUUCUCUUAUAUUUUGUAAUAAUUUGGAUAGAUUUUAAAUGAAGACAACGAUAUGGGGAGAGGCCCAUGGGCCAUGCAUAUAACAGUGACUGUUGGUCAGGCCCUUUCUGCAGAGUGUGUCUCUAUAGGGUGGAGGCCCACUUAGGAUGGAUUAAUUACUGGGCCAUAGCUUUUGUCUAGUACUCUAGUUCUUUAUUGAGAAAAUUACUUGAAGGAGAUUGCUUUUGCCUUUUGUAUUGAACAACGUUGAAGGACAAUUAAUGUAAAUGCAAUUCUCAUAUGGCAUAUUUAAUUUUCAUGCAUCA